GCACCUAACCUAUGGACGUAGGGACCUACUUGCGUAGGUGUAUGUACACAUACAUACCGUACAUACAUACGUUCCAACGUCAUGGCUCAACCUGGCCAACCUAUCUAUAAAGAUCAGUGUUCACACUUCACUCGCGUGUCGUUCGUUGAUCCGCUGUGUGUUGAACGAAGAGAUUCUUUACUCGCGGAUUUUACGAUACCGAUUAAUGAUGAAGUUGAAAUAUGAUUUAACAGAUAUUUGCUAGCAGGAAAACAUGUACAAGUAUUGUAAAUAUUACUCGAAGAAACAUAGGGAUUUCUGCUAUGACAUGAAUUAUAUGAUAUUCAUACCUAUUUAUACUUAAAUCAUAUUCCAAAAUAAUCAGAGGUUUCAGGGCAUCACGGAAAUUGUGGUAACAUUAAUCAACAAAAAUGCCAGUCGGUGUAUUCCCAGCCCUCAAAUUGGGUGUGCUCUUCGUCAAACAGAUUAGCAAACCUUUGGCCAAGUUUCUCGUCAAUCAAGCCAAGAACCAUCCACUUUUCAGGACCUACAUCAUCAUACCACCUGCUCAGUUUUAUCACUGGACAGAGGUAAAAGCGAAGAUGUAUGUUAUGAACCUUGGUAAACCUACAAAAGUGGCUAAAUUGAACGAGGCUAUGGCAAUCGAGUUAGGUGCCAAUCUGAUAGGCGAGGUGAUUAUUUUCAGCGUUGCUGGCGCGUGUUUGAUACUGGAAUACAACAGGCAAUCCACAAAAGAAGCAAAGAAAGAGGAGAUCCGACAAAUGCAGAUACAAAAGUUUACAGAUGAUAUUCAGGCAUUACACACUGUCACCUUACAACAGGAGUCGCAAAUUCACUAUUUGCAGAGUGCGAUCAAUGAACUGGCCAAGCACACGAAGCACAAAAUACAAACUCCUAGUCCUGUAUCGCAAACGAGUAUUAGCGGUAACAGUUCAGAAGGCAACGUGAGAGAGAACAAAAAUAGUAGAAAUGCAGCGGGAGCAGAAAGUGGAAACGCAUCAUUGAUAGAACGCGCCAUAGUGUAUUACGAAAACGAUGUAAAAUCGGAGAAACUUAGUUAAUUGAAGUUUUAUACUUUUCUUGGCAUAACUUUGGGAUAAUCUUGAGAUCGUAAUGUUACAAAGCUUGAGGAAAUGAAGAUAUUAACUGCUAGUUGGAGACAUUAAAAAAGAUGCAUUCGCAGAGCUAAAAUGUACAUACAUGAUGAAACUUUCUUGUACAAUAUACAUGUUGACUUGGAUCGAGUUGCAGUCUGUUAUGUAUAUUUAAACAUACUGUAUACUUAAAUAAUUUUAAGCAAAUGUAGAUACGUGUGAUGUAAUAAAGUUUACACAGGGAAA